UAUUUAAAUAUUUAUAAUGAAAACAUACAUAGGUUAAAACAUUAUUUUUAGUGUGCUUUGCUUAGUGUAAACGCAAAAUAUUAUUGGUAAAAUAAAAAAGGAAAAAGUAGUCGAGAAUAUGUGUGUAUAUGCCAAAAAUUUGGUACGAAACGGUGUGAACAUUUGGAAUUAUAAAUUUAUUGUCCUCGUUAUAAUAAAAAGUAACUGUCAAUGGAUUGUGUGGAAAUGUUAGGUCUUCACUUUAGUCCCACAUGUAUCACAUUUAAUUGUAAUGAUACAAGAAAUGUAACCAAUAAAGUUAUAAAAACCACGAACUCUACGUCUCUGGUCGUCAAUACCUAUUCUACUGGAAAUAUAGGAAAAACUUUCGCGCGAAAAAAAUUUCAGAAAACGGUGCAUUGUCACAAUUGCGGACUACGAAGGAGACUCCAAUCAACAAUAUUUUCAGUUAAUAAAAAGCUUUCGAGAGAAUCGACGAAUUUUAAUAAGUUGAGUUUAGCAGAAUUUUCCUGUCAUUCUUCCCGAUCGGAGAUUUGUUCUUCCAAUGAGCCUAUGUCAACAAUAAAAUUGUCUUUACCAUUGAAGGCAAAUAGAACGUCGUCAUCAUAUUCGGUUUUAUCGAAACCGGUGCUAAUAUCACGUCUAAAACUGGAGAGCUCUCGAUAUAAAAUGUUGAUUAUCAAAUUCAUAGAAAUUGUGAAAAGAGUAUGGUUGAUGAAAUUUUUGCCUAGAAUAGCGAUGGUAGAAAAUAUAUGUUUUACAAAUUUGUCGGAAGCCUCAUAUAACUUGAUGCUAAUGAAAAUACGCAAAGUUUUAUUUGCACUAUCGUUUUUUAUUUUUGUAUGUCACUUCGGAGUUGUUCUAGCAGAUCAAGUAAUUCUUUUGGAUACAACUAGAGAAGCUACCUUGGAGUGGACACGUUAUCCGUAUGGACCGCAAGCUCAAACACCUGGGUGGGUUGAAGAAUCGUUCACAGACUUUGUCAAAGGCAUAAAUUGGAGAAGUUAUGUGGUUUGCGAUGUUGCAUAUAACAAUGUUAACAAUUGGUUAUGGUCUCCUUUUAUCGACCGAGGUCCUGCUAAUCGUCUCUACAUUGAAAUUCAGUUUACAAUUCGUGACUGCUCCUUAUUUCCAGGGAACGCACUUUCCUGUAAAGAAACCUUUAGUCUUUUGUUUUAUGAGUUUGAUGCUGCUACUCGGGAGCCUCCACCCUGGCAGACUGACAGUUAUAAAUUAAUAGCACGAAUUGCUGCUGGCGAGGGUCGUUUUAAUCAGAAUUCUGACGUCGACAUUAAUACAGAGGUCAAAAGUAUUGCUGUUGCAAAAAAAGGGGUUUAUUUUGCAUUCCGUGAUCAAGGAGCUUGUAUAAGUGUUUUAGCAGUGAAAGUCUACUAUAUUACAUGCCCGGCAGUAACAGAAAAUUUUGCACAUUUUAAUGAAACACCAACAGGUAGAGAAAUCACAAUAAUUGAAAAACAAAAUGGUACUUGUGUUGAAAAUGCAGAACCAUUUGAAACACCGACAUAUUUGUGUAAAGGAGACGGUAAAUGGACGAUCCUAACUGGCGGCUGUCACUGUAAAGUUGGAUAUGAGCCUGAUUUCAUAAAUAAGACUUGCAAUGAAUGCCCUAUUGGAAAAUUUCGGUCCAAGGAGGUUGAUACAUGUGUACCAUGCCCUCCUAAUUCAAAUGCUCCUAAAGCUGCAGCAGGCUUUUGUAAAUGUCUUCAUGGUUUUUAUCGAAAUCCACGUGAUGGAAAACAUAUGCCUUGUUUUAAGCCGCCUGGACCUCCAUCAAAUCUAACGCUGUUAUUUGUUGACCAAACUAGUGCCAUUCUAUCAUGGAAUGGGCCUACAAAAGAGGUUUCUGAAUCAUUUCAUGUGAAAUCAAAUAACUAUCGCAGUGAUAUUGUUUAUAAAGUACGGUGUAUCUCUUGUUCAGCGAAUGUUGUGUACAAUCCAGCAACAGAUACAUUUAAUGAAACAAAAUUGACUUUAACCAAUUUAGAACCCGUCACAACAUACACCAUCCAAAUUCAUUCUCUAAAUGGAAUCUCAUAUAUAUUUGAUUCUGACAGCAGGAAUGAUUCUUCGGAUUAUAAUAACUCAAUAACUACGAGUUCUGGUGAACCCGAAAGUCCGCUUCUUACAAACAAUUUAAAAUCACCGGUCGUUCUAGUUAAUACCCAGCCGUUCGAUUUAAGUCAAAUAAAGACUGAGUAUGCUGAAAUCAUAUUCACGACAGAAUCUGCCAUUCUUUCUACUGUGUUCAAUGUGCGUGUUGUUGCGACUACCAAUAAGGAAGUAGAUCUAGUAUGGGAUAAACCCGUGCAAAGUGAUUCUCCUAUCGAAUUUUAUGAGGUGCGAUGGUUUCCAAAAUCGGAGUUGGAUGCAAUCAAUAAAACUGCACUUAACACGAAGGAAACUAAAGCACAUAUAGAAAGCUUGAAUGAAAAUACUGAAUAUGGUUUUCAAGUUCGUUGCAAAACUUUGAAUGGUUAUGGCACCUAUAGUAACAUAGUUUAUGCACAAACCCACCAGGGCGUUAACUCAGGUUAUGAUGACUCUAUUCAUAUGCGCAUUGUUGCGGGUGCUACCGUUGCCGUUGUAUUUAUAUUAGUAUUAGUUAUUGUUGCAACAGUCCUGUUCUUACGGUCAAAAAAUCAGGAAGACGUUGAUAAAAAAUCUAUCAAUCAUCUGCCUCUGCCACUUGAUUAUGCUACUAAUGAAGUUGCUGCGAGGGCCUGGUUAACUGAAAAACUGAAAUGCAGCCCACAACAUCUCGAGCUACUGGUUCAACUUCAACACCACCUGGUAGAUUGUCUGGUGGAGAAAUAAAGCCACAAAGAAUAAAAAAUAACCUACAAGAAUAUGUAUACUCGUACUAUGUAAAAUACAUGGGGUAAG